GCGUGUGUGUGUGUGGUGCCUGAAGCCAGCGCUGAGUGGAGCUUGUCUGCCAGCAGCUUCAGCAGCGGCUCGUUCUGGAUCCUAGCACGCUCACUGACAAUUCAAGGAGGCCCCCUUUUCUUCCUAUUUCCCGCGGAUUAUCGUUCACCAUGGGCGACAAAAAGAGCCCUAGCAGGCCAAAAAGACAAGCCAAACAAGCUGACGACGGCUACUGGGACUGUAGCGUCUGCACCUUUAGGAACACGGCCGAGGCUUUUAAAUGCAACAUCUGCGAUGUGAGAAAGGGCACAUCAACAAGGAAACCCAGGAUCAACUCCCAACUGGUGGCCCAGCAGGUGGCCCAGCAGUACCCAAUGCCACCCCCGGCUAAAAAAGAGCGACGGGAGCGGAGCGAGCGCACAGACAGGGAACGGGCGGACGGUGAAGGAGAGAGCGCUAUCGGGGAGGCUCGCCCUGAAGGUGAGCGUCCGGAGAUAGUGAGGCCCGAGAUAGACACUUCUCCCCCUGACAUUGACAAGAGUGACAAGGAGCAACCCAAGGAGCAGCCAAUCCAAGACAAAGCCGACAGAGAGAGAGACAUCAUCCCGGCCCUCACAAAGAAGCCCAGCAUCAAAAAAAGCAGGUCAGUGAGCAUGGAUGCAGAUAGAGAGGGCGUUUUGCUGAGGGUGUCAUUGCCUCACUGGUGUUUGUGUCUGUCUUCCCCCAGACCCAAAUCAGAUAACCAUCAGAGUCCACCCAGUGACAAACAGAGUAUACAGUCUGGCAAAUCAGCAACCAAGACCAACAACAAGAACAAUCAUAUUUCCAGGCCCAAGCUGAAGAACGUCGACCGGAGCACGGCGCAGCAGCUGGCCAUCACCGUGGGCAACGUGACGGUGAUCAUAACAGACUUUAAGGAGAAGAGCCGUUCCUCGUCUACGUCCUCGUCCACGAUCACGUCGAGCGCAGGCUCCGAACAGCAACACCAGAGCUCCGGCUCAGAGAGUAUGGACAAAGGCUCGUCGCGUGCCUCCACGCCCAAAGGAGAUCUCUCCGCAGGGCACGACGAGUCCUUCUAGGGCCUGCCCCUCUCUCUGUUGACCCCGCCCACUUGACCCCCUUUUCACCCCACGUUACUGGACACUAUGGAUCCCAAAUGGGGAGAGACUUCACCUUCCCCACGGCCACGCUGCCUCUGUUCCAUGACCAACCCGGAUGAGGAGAAGGGCUCAGAGUGCACCUAACAUGGAAACGAAGGCCUCCAGUGGACAAGGAAAAGUAGCUGUGGACUAAACCGAGUUAACGCCCAAGCUAGCGUCAAGACACUUGUAUGUAUUGUUUUAUAUUUGGACGUGGAUGUGAGGCCAAGUCGAUCUUUUUGUUUUUGUCGAGAAACAUUUCUCCGCCGGGCACAAUAACCACCGUUGUUUUAUUAUUAUCAUUUGUACCCUUAUUUAUUACCUGUGGCACCUGUAUACUUGGGUAUUUUCCGUAUAAUGUUGAAGCUUGGCUGCGUAGCUCUGCAGACCGAUCCUUCCCUCAGUGUUUUUAUUGCAGUUUGAAAUUAUGCCAGACACACACACACACACACAAAGGUGCUAGAUACACUGUGAAAAGUUUUGCAGGUAUUCCGAUCACUCAAUGUGAUGAAGAAUCCAAUUGCCACUCCCUUUCCUCAACAAAACGGUCUCACUCCGAACACUGUUGGGACCGUCUUCACGGCUGCGGUGUGCACCCAGAAGUCCAAAUACUCAACUUUCAACUCAUAAUCUUCUACAGUAUUGUGUGUCCUUAACUGUACAGUGUAGGCUGUUGUGUAAAACACUAAAAGCUGUUGGUAUUUGCUCCAUUCCGUUGUGCAACUGUUGAGUUUCCUGGCUCCAGGUGAAGUUGUGUGGCCCUUAAGUUGGAGUUUAUCCUGAUGCGACUGAAGGAUAGUUGCACGCAGUCUCACUUGGUGAAACCAUAUGGAACUGUCAAACACACUUCAACAACUGUAAUUUUUUUGUUUUGUUUGUUGUGACACCUCAAAACCUGCUAGAAACCAGUGCAAAUAAGUUCUCUUCUUGACAAUUUCAUUUCCUUUUUUAUAUUUGCUAAAUAGUAAUUUAAAGACUACAGUCAUUGUAGGUGAAAAUAAAAUCACAAUUGCUCUUUCAUUUUAGAACAGCAAGGAUUGUUAAAGGUUCUAAUUCACUUGCACCCAUAGCUGAUACGAGAACAACCUAAUUUCCUUUUAAGUGUAUGAAAUUGUAUAAAGAAUAAAUGUGUAUAUGAUAUCUUAGUUUUAUUUAUUGAAGGACCAAAGGAAUUUCAUAUUGACAUGAUACAUAGAUGAAUACAAAUUUGAAAUGCAAUUAUUGCAAUUAUCUAAUGUUUGAGAUGAAUAACAGUUUAAAUAAAGACUAAUAUAAUCCA